AUGGAGACAGAGUUGGACUGGCCUUUGCAGUGGGCUCUGGGCUUCUCAUCGACGUCCUCCCUGUUUGGCUACGCUGGACAGGUGAACUAUUGCGCGGCCAACGCGCUGCUUGAUCAAUUUGCAACCUUCGGCAGUGGGGCGCUGUCCGAGGGCGACACUCCGCCAUGCCGCGUCAUCGCAGUGAAUUGGGGUCCGUGGGGAGAAGCGGGCAUGGCGCAGGUAGGCACAAAGGCCUAUGAACAAGCAGUAAAAGAGGGCGACACGCCCCUGUCCACGGACACGGCUCUGCAGUGUCUGGCCACCGCCUUGCGCCAGGCAGCGCAGGCGACUGGAUAA